GACUGAAAUAAGAAGAUUAUUAGUUAUGAUCUUCUUAUUUGGAGAGGAAAUAUGAUCAUUUAAGGAGCAAAACGAAGGAUCACCACUUCACAGGAUUUAAUUACGUUCUUGGGAUACUUUUAAUCUAAGAACGGGAGUUUAAGAUGGAGAUGAAGUGUUUAACUUUAAAGGAUUUGCUUAGUGUGAGGACAGGCUCGGAUGAUACUGGCAACAUGAAUAACCAGAAAGAGAACAUCUGCAUGGACAGAAAGAAAAUGACCCCACUGAAGUGUGAGUCUGUGAACGGACAUAGGAGAGUUUCCAGCCCGGAUAUCACCCACAUAACCCCCAUCAAACACGUAGAGAGGGCCCAUCCGGACCCCUGGACCCCGACAGCCAACCUGAAAAUGCUGAUCAGUGCCGCCAGCCCAGACAUCCGUGACAGAGAGAUGAAGAAAACCCACUUCAGACCCAUUGAAAAUGAAGAGAAGGCUGUAGAUGUGGAUGAAGAGGAAGAGCUUGACGACCCCUGCCAGUAUGAAGCACUAGACGAUUCUGAGAGGAGACCCAGUCGCAAACAGAAGAGUUUGGGGCUUUUGUGUCAGAAAUUUCUGGCCUUGUACCCUGAUUACCCAGAAACCUCUGAGAGCAUCAAUAUUUCUCUGGAUGAGGUGGCCACACGCUUAGUAAACGACAACUUUUACGUGUUUUACAGCAUGGUUUAUCUCUCUCAUACAGCGGCCUCCAGCAGACGGAAGGACAAAUCACUCCGUAUCAUGAGCCAGAAGUUUGUCAUGCUGUUUCUGGUGUCCAAAACACAGACCGUUACCCUCGAUAUGGCUGCAAAGAUCCUGAUCGAAGAGGGUCAGGAUGAGUCCAGCCACAGCAAGUAUAAAACUAAGGUGCGACGUUUGUAUGAUAUCGCUAAUGUCCUGACCAGCCUAAAUCUGAUCAAGAAACUUCAUGUAAGAGAGGAAAAGAGCCGUAAACCCGUCUUCAAAUGGAUUGGACCCGCCGAUUUCCACAGCAGCUGCGAUUCAGACGAUUUGAGAGUCUCAGAAGCCCAGAUCAGUUCCACCGGGGAACGACGGGAGAAGAUAACGCGCCACUCCUCCUUCCAGGUCAUUCCUGCCCCUUCUGUCAAUCAAAGGCGGAUAAGCUCCGCCCCCAGCACACCUCACAGAUGUUCUACAGACGAGCCGGUGGAUUAUUCUAGGAAGAGUGUGAACACCAGCGCAGUGUGUCGACUGCAGUUUGGAGACAGUGGAAGUCCUAUAGUGUCGUCACUGGCGGUGCCUCUUCAAGCAGAUGUGCCUUAUGCAUCACUGCCCAUUUCAGCCCAGUUCGCUCCUCACCCGUUAGCGUACCUGCCCGGUCUGCCACAAACACCCCUGCUCAUGGUGUACAGCGGACACGUCACCCACGGGUCACCCGUCUCAGGCCACAGGGAGGGACAUCUGAAGAAGAGAGAGAGACAAGAGGAUGAGGAUGAGGAUGAGGAUCAGACAGCUAAACGAAGCAACCGCUCAGCUUCCAUAGAAAGUGAAAUGGGUGAGACUGAGAGUCUGAGCUCCAGCGCCAGAAGGUCUCCAGUCUGCUCUCGAGAAGGUUCCCCGUGGGACGAGGCCUCGUUUGGGCCAAUAAAUGAGGAAGACGCAGGAGCACCCAGCCCUAAAGACCCCCUCCUGUCCUCUCAUUACCUCUAUGUUCCCAGCACAGCAGGUCUGAACGGUUUGAACUUCCUCAUGCCAGCGGGACAUACACAGGCUGGCGUGCCAGCUGUAGCCAUGCCGUAUUUUUUGGUGCAUUCGCCACUCAUAGCGGGUGCAAUGCCCACCUCCGGCGCUGAGGGGGCUGCCAGCAGCGGUCUGAGUUUCAGCGUGCCCACCGUGCUGUCACCGGCCCGGUUUGUGAUGGCAGGAGGGGCGUUUGGUGUGGUCGAAACACUGAACAGCACUGAGCAUCAUGGGCACAGAUUACCUGCAGCCACACUCUCGCCACGGGGACCACGAGCACAAGAAAUCCCUCAGCCAGCACAAACACAGGGUUUGUGA